UGGAGAAGCCGUGGAGAACGUUAUGCUGCCUGUAACAUUGUUCAGCAUGACUGGUUUGGUGGUGGGUCAGUGAUGGUGUGGGGAGGCAUAUCCAUGGAGGGACGCACAGACCUCUACAGGCUGGACAAUGGCAUUCUGACUGCCAUUAGGUAUCAGGAUGGAAUCCUUUGACCCAUUGUCAGACCCUACAUUGGUGCAGUGGUCCUGGAUUCCUUGUGGUGCACGACAGUGCCCAGUCUUAUGUGGUAAGAGAACUCGUGCAGUUCCUGGAGGAUGAAGGAACUGAUACCAUUAGCUGGCCCCCACGCUCACCUGACCUGAAUCCAAUAGAACACCUUUGGAACAUUAUGUUUUGUUCCAUCCGACACCAUCAGGUUGCUCCUCAGACUGUCCAGGAGCUCAGCGAUGUCCUGGUCCAGUUCUGGGAGGAGAUACCCCAGGACACCAUCCAUCGUCUCAUUCAGAGUUUGUCCCGACAUCGUCAGUCAUGCAUACAAGCACAUGGAGGCCAUACAAACUACUGAAUACCGUUUUGAGUUGCUGCCAAGGAAUUUCAGCAAGAUGGACUAGCCUGCCACAUCAGUUUUUCACUUUGAUUUUGGGGUGUCUUGAAUUUAUCCCUCCUGGGGGGUUGAUCAUUUUCAUUCCCAUCAAACAAUGUGGCACUUUUCAUUCCUAACACAUUAUCCAGUCCAUAUCAAUGCUAAGAUCCAGUUUGUUUUUUCCCCGUAUUGAAAUAUGUGUUUUCAAAGUGUUCCUUUAAUUUUUUUUUGAGCAGUGAAUCUAAACUGUUGGUUUUUAAAUAAGAGCAAAUGAGCCACUGUUCUACAUGGAGGUGAUGUUUGAAGGUUUCCAUGGUUCGUUUAUCUUCCAGACAACAACACGCACUUUGGCCUCAAAUCAUUUGCGUAUUAAAUAAAUCCCAUUAUCUGCCGUGUUUUAAUCAGUGGGAGCCUCUGACCGUGACACCAGGAUUCUUCCACCCCGCCCCCAAACCAAACUCAGAUGUGCCUCUCCUCCUCCUCCUGCUGCUUCCACUACGUGUUCUCCUACCAGCGCACACCGGCAUCUGAAAAAGUCAAGCUUGGACAAUUUAAGGAUUUAAAAUGCUGCAUAAACCGAGUCUAAUGGCGCAGUGGAUGAUACCUUUAUUGUCUCUUUUCGGAAGUUUACAUGGAGAAGAAUCUAUUCUUACUUCUAUCCAAAAGUGCUGUCAGAGUGGAAGGGCCCGAGCACUAGAUGGACAUGACUGCGCAAUCCUCCCCUCCGUCCCCACCCACAUGUGCAGCGUUGUUCAGGAGCAGUGCUGUCGAUCAGCCGUGAUAGACAAAUUCUGCUGCACCGGGAUCAAGAUGGCCAAAGAGCAGGGAGCCUGUGAGAGGCCUUACUUCCAAGGAGACCACUUGGAAACUAAAAUAUCAAAGAUGUGCUGCGACUGCUGUGAGCUCGGUCUGCUGGCAGCCAGACACGGUUUGAGCUGCGAGCUUCACAGUCUGCUGCUGCCUCGUCAGUGCAGCUACGCGGCCAAAACCUGCUGCCGCAACAACACGAAAGAGGAGAACAAGCCGGCCGCUGCAGCACCAGUAAAGCCUGAAGUCGUCACAGCUGGAUCAAACACCUGCAAAAACUCCAACUGCUCCCAGUUGUGUCUCGGUGACGAUAAAUGCGGCUGCUAUGGCGGAUUUCAGCUGCGACGGGAUGGAGUCAGCUGUGAAGAUGUGGAUGAGUGUCGUACAGGCAACGUCUGUGGCGUCCACGGCUGCGUCAACCUGCUGGGAUCGUAUCGCUGCGAGUGCAAAGCUGGCUUCAACUUCAACAGCAUCACCAAGCUGUGUGAAGACAUCAAUGAGUGUCUGACCAACAGCCACAACUGCAUCUCUGGUCAAGCUUGCAUUAACACUGAAGGCUCUUUUCGCUGUCAGAGAGCAACCAGCUGUGGAACUGGAUAUGAGCUGACAGCCAACAACAUCUGCCGAGACAUUGAUGAAUGUGCUUUGGGAACCCAUAACUGUGGGCCAGACUUCAUUUGCACCAACACUGAAGGUUCAUUCCGCUGCAGACCAAAGGACAAAUGCGGAGACGGUUACAUUCAGGACGCCAUCGGCAGCUGUAUCGACAUCAAUGAGUGUGUGGUCCACCACAACCUCUGCCCACAUAGACAGACCUGCAUCAACACGGUGGGAUCCUACACCUGCCGCAGCGACACGGUCACCUGCGGACAAGGAUAUCACCUGACUGAGGACAGCAGCCGCUGUGAAGAUGUGGAUGAGUGUCGUACAGGCAACGUCUGUGGCGUCCACGGCUGCGUCAACCUGCUGGGAUCGUAUCGCUGCGAGUGCAAAGCUGGCUACAACUUCAACAGCAUCACCAAGCUGUGUGAAGAUAUCAAUGAGUGCUUGCAUUAUCCUGGACGACUUUGUGCCCACAAGUGUGAGAACACGGAGGGAUCAUACAAAUGCAGCUGCACAUCUGGAUUCAAACUGAGCUACAAUGGCAAAAGCUGUGAAGACAUCAAUGAGUGUCUGACCAACAGCCACAACUGCAUCUCUGGUCAAGUUUGCUUUAACACUGAAGGUUCAUUCCGCUGCAGACCAAAGGACAAAUGCGAAGACGGUUACAUUCAGGACGCCAUCGGCAGCUGUAUCGACAUCAAUGAGUGUGUGGUCCACCACAACCUCUGCCCGCAUGGACAGACCUGCAUCAACACGGUGGGAUCCUACACCUGCCGCAGCGACACGGUCACCUGCGGACAAGGAUAUCACCUGACUGAGGACGGCAGCCGCUGUGAAGAUGUGGAUGAGUGUCGUACAGGCAACGUCUGUGGCGUCCACGGCUGCGUCAACCUGCUGGGAUCGUAUCGCUGCGAGUGCAAAGCUGGCUACAACUUCAACAGCAUCACCAAGCUGUGUGAAGAUAUCAAUGAGUGCUUGCAUUAUCCUGGACGACUUUGUGCCCACAAGUGUGAGAACACGGAGGGAUCAUACAAAUGCAGCUGCACAUCUGGAUUCAAACUGAGCUACGAUGGCAAAAGCUGUGAAGAUGUCAACGAGUGCGAGGCCAAACCUUGCAGCCAGGAGUGUGUCAACUUCUACGGUUCCUACCAGUGCUACUGUCGCCGUGGUUACCAGCUGAGUGACAUCGAUGGGAAGACUUGUGAAGACAUCGAUGAGUGUGCGACUGGAGGUCACAGCUGCUCCUACCACUGCUUCAACACCCCAGGAAGCUUCAACUGUACCUGCCCACCCAGCGGCUACACACUCGCCAAUGACUGGCGAACAUGUCAAGACAUUGAUGAAUGUGCUGCAGGAACUCACACCUGUUCAGUCUCUCAGAGCUGCUUUAACGUCCUGGGAGGUUACCGCUGUCUGGCCUUUCAAUGUCCUCCAAACUUCCGGCAAGCAGCCAGUGGAUCCAGAGCAGAUGCUUCAGCCACAGUACGUUGUAUUAAAUCCUGCCAGCCUCAUGACAUAAACUGUGCCCACCAAUUCGUCAGCCUCAUCACCCACUCCGCCAUCUCUCUGCCAACCUUGAAGGGGAGCACUGAACCACAAGAAAUAAUUUUGCUGCGGACGACUGUACCAGCUGCACCUCUGCCCAACGCAACGGAUGUUUCCUUCGUGAUCUUGGGUGCAGAAAACCGGGUCUUCUUUGACGUGGUGCAGCGCUCCGACAAUGGCGUGAUUUUGGGCGUAGUCCGGCAGGUGAAGCCCAUCUUCGGACCCAGUGACCUUGUAUUGGAGGUUUCUAUGAACUACGUCAAUUCAGAGGGGAUUCCUCAAAGCAGUGUCAUCAUAAUUCAUGUCUUCAUAUCCGAAUUCUCUUUCUGAGCUAAGCAAAGAACACAAUGAAAGUCCAGUAAACUGACAAUACAACAGGUAACCUGACGUGUAUUUAAAUUUAGUUUUAAAUAUCUGGAUGUGCCACAUUUACGGUGCCGAAUGUACACAAAAGCGCCUCAAAGGUUAAUGAUGUUUGCAAGAUUCACGUUAAUUUUCAAGUCAGCUACGGUUGUAGUUUGCAACUUUUUCAAGUCGAUAGUCAUGUAACACAACAUAUAUUUAGACUCACUUGCCACGAAAAUCUAAUGCAGUCCAUACAAUAGCUCUGCCAUAAAAUCCACUUUCACAAAGCUUCUAUACUUUUAGAUUGUGUCGAUGUUGUGUAAACUCUGCUUCAGUUUUAUUACUUGCGUCAUAGCAGUUGGUGGUGGUGCACAUUACGUUUUAAAGUGCAACUAGUAUUUUCCCCUUUCUUGUGUAUUAAUGUGUUGGAUACAGUAUUAGGAGUACUUUUAGAUGUAAUAGGCUCCAAUGUGCCGUCAGCAGUAAAAUUAUUACCGUUUUGUACAACAAGUGAAAAUGCAGAAAUGACAUAAAAACAGAAUAUGGCAAAGAUUUUGUUUUGGAUUGCACUGGAUUUUACAUGUUUCUUAAUAAAUUGGCUAAUGAGUGUGUAUACACUGAUAAAAUAAGAACACAUUAGUAGAAAACACUGGACUAAGAGCUUGCAGCCUCUGUGAGGUUGUGCUUAUUUACAGGGUUGCUUUCAAACACAAUGCUAAGAUGCUAACGAUAGAUAGAUUCACUAAUUAAACAUGCCUAAGGAUGAUGGAAUUGUGUUAGCAUUGGUCAUAUUGGAUAAAUUAAAGCUUUAACCUGAUGGUGCAGUUUGAUUAAUAGUUGGGGGAUUAUUAAAUUUGACUGAAAUUCAACAUAAGACGGUAUAAAUGAGACAUUUCACGCAAAAUCCACAAAUGGCAGGAAACUAAUGGGAGCAUAAGAGGAUCUUUAAUGUUACAUUUUUACCUUGUUAACAUGUCCAUAUGGUACUUUUUGUAUGUUAAAUGAUAUAUCAUGAGCAAAAUCAGCAAUAAACGGCAGCAUACUGCAAAAAAUCUCAAAAAUUCAGGUUCAGAUUUUUGUAGCUUCACACAUAACAAAUCUAAGCAACUAAUCCUGUCAACUUGCACUGUGGGACUUUCUGUAUCACUUUUUUUUCAGAAUCGCAUCUUAAUUCUAGCAUGUAUGGCUAAAUACUCCAAUAUUGCACCUUGCUAUUCAGCGCCUUUACAGUGUUUGAGCAGAGUUUUGGGUGAGCUGGUAUGCUUGAGUUGCAGCACGUGGAUGGACUUCAAGGCAGGAACUUUUUAGCUCUUGAUAUUGUAGAGGAAAGAACAGUAAAUUGUUACAUUUAAACCAUUUUGAGGCUGUAAUGAGCCAGUGUCAUGGAUAAACAACUUAAAAAUGUGACUUUGAUGCACAGAGAUGUGUUUUAUGGGUAUUUGAUGGUUUUCUAAUCUAAAUCGAAGUCAUUUUUCAUGCCACCGAAGAGACUAAUUUUUCUAACUAUGUGUUGAAACAGGCAUUAUACAAGAGUGUAAAAGAUUAACACAGUGCAAAUAAAUAUUACUCAGCUACAUAACUGCGGUACAUUGUGUUGAAGUUCCGUUUAGAAUUUGUUGUCAUGAGUGCCACUAUGUCACACUGUUGCUUAACCCGUAGAAAUGUUUGAUUUGUGCUCAAUUUCAUCUGUUUUGACAGACCAAAAACAAAAUGCUUCAUUUAUGGAUUUGCUUUCAACAACUUUAAUUGUGUGUGUGUGUUUUUUUUUUUACUGGCAGACUCUCCGACCAUCUGCGAAUAAUCAAGACUCUUUGAGAUUAAUUGUGUUCAUGUUUUUAAUUCUUACGAGAGCCACCACAGCAGACUAAACUAGCCGUCUUCUAGUUAGCAUAACUGAGGUUUCCCCAAUCUGAUAGGACGUCCUGUUUUUCCUGUAACUCAACCCCUCAGAUUCCUCCCGUCACACUCUACCACUUCCAGUUUGUGAGGAUAUUUCCAGUUAUUCCACUCGGAAGAUGAAAAAUGGGAAUUCUAUAAUGGGAAUGUUGGUUUGCUUCUACAAAUGCUUCAUCCUCAGGCUGACAAAUUGCUUGAGGUGGACGCUUCUUACCAUACAUAAUCAACUCUCCUCAGCGUCGAGCUGCCUUUCACCACCGCUGCACCGCUCCUGGCCAGUGGAAACAGAACGGACAGCCAUACGGAUCUGUAAUCUAAAAUUUGCCACACUACAUGGAAAUCACAAAGCUUCAUCUUGUGGUUUUUACUGCUGCAGCUGCAACUGUUGACCCACAGCUCGUCCAGACUGAAUGAAUCGAUCAUGCUUUACGCGCUGCUCGAGAUGAAUGGAUGUGAGAUGUGAAUGCAGCUGCAGCUCA